AUGCCUCAGGAGCUCCGCGCUGCACUAGCACACGGUCCCUACAGCGACAGCAGGCUAGGCCAAGGUCAUACGCCAAAUAAUCCCUGGAAGCCUCUCGGACAGCAGCAUUCCGGCCGAGAUGAGCUGCAACGGCAACAGCAGCAGCAGCUGCAGCGGCAGCAGCAGCUCCAGCGGCGCGGCGCCACGCAAGACGUGCACACCAGCAGCGACGACUCGUACGGCGGCGUGGCGUACGGCGGCAGCCCCGCGCAGGCUGUGUCCUCUCUCGAGGAUGGCGCCGAUGGCGCGAGGGCCACUGGCGCCGGCUCCGGCGGCCGGCUCGGGGCGACUGCCAAGCAGCUGCUGCAGACGCACCUGCACUCGGUGGAGACCUUCGAGCCGAGCCUGGGCUCCCUGGAGGACUACAGCGGGUUCGAUUCGAUGAUGGAGGAUGCGCGCAUGGACGGCAACGGCGGGGCGGGGGGCGGCGUGCUGCAUGGGAAGCAGGCCGCGAGCGCAGCAACGUUCGAGGUCCUGAGGGUUGACGUAUCCGGCCAGGUCCGCCGCGUGCACGUGCGGCGCCGCGACCUGCUGCGCGAGCACGGCCUGCAGCCGCGCGACCUGCGGCGCGUCGACCCCAGCGUCGACGUUUCCAAGACGUCGCCGUCAAUAGCCGUCAAGGAGAACGUGCUGCUUGUGAACCUGGGGGGCGUCAGGGCUAUCGUCACCGCGGAAAAGGCGCUAUUCUUUGAGCCCAGCGGCGUCACCACGCGCCGCCUGCUCGACAUUGUGGUCCCGCGGCUGCAGGCCGCCGCGGGCGCGCGGCUCGCGGCGCGGCAAAAGGCGGCCGCGGCCGGCGGCGGCGGGCCCGGCGGCGCGGGCGGCGGCAGCGAGGCGGACACGUACUUGCAGGAAGCGAACAGGCUGGGGGUCAAGGGGGACAAUGCGAACAAGACGCCGUUCGAACUGGAGGUUUUGGAGGGGAUCCUGAUGGUCACAACGGGCCGGCUGGAGCGCCAGAUGACGGCGAUGUCGCAGCGCGUGCACGCGCUGAUGACGAAGCUGCCGGGGGACAUCAACCCCCUGAACCUGGAGGAGCUGCGGCGCAUCAAGCAGGACCUGGUGCAGCUGGAGAACAAGGCUGACCAGGUGGGGGGUGGCGUGAGCUGGGCCUGA